AACCAAUGGCUGGAUAGAGGAAGAGCCGACGCUGAGAUUCACAGAGACAGACGACAGGAAGCUGAGAAUCACUGACAGCGGCUGUGUGGUAGAGGCUGAGGACUUGUCCUGGGUGUUGUGGUGGAGGAGAGCUGUGACAGACGGGCGUUACCAGACGGGCAGGUACUACUGGGAGAUACACAUCACCUGUUCACAUGACUGUUACUGUGAUGUAGGAGUGACACAGGAGAGCUGUGAUGUGAGUGAGGAGACAGACCGUGGCCGUAACUCCUGGUACAUUGAGAUGGAGUACCGUGGUGAUGAGGUCAGGUGUGAUAGUCACAGUGGUCGUGGUGAGAUCAAACCUGGCUAUCUACAGUGGAGACGUUACACACGACCUCAUCACCUGGGUGUGUACCUGGACUGUGAUGACCACACACUGACAGUCCUGGACUGUGACAACAACCAGGUAAUGUACACUGUCAGUGAUGUUAUCGUCACAGAGCCUCUCGUGCCAUCGGUUGAGUUUGGUAUCUGGUCUGAAUCUGUGUCUGUGUCUGCUCGUCUGAUAACGGGUGACUCUGCAACUCUGCCUCAAGUUCUCUGUGAUAUGAUAAGCACUUCCUGACC